AGUAAAUUAGUUCUUAAAUUUUUUUGCUUUUAUUAAUUUCCUCUAUUUCUCUAUUAAUUAAUAAUGAAUUUGUUUAAGCGUAUAAAAUUUUCUCAGUGUACAUAUGUAAUAGGAACGACUCGAAGAGAACAACGGAGCUUUUUCUCGACAUAUAUAUGCCAGCACAGCAUAUCGGGCAGAUCGGAUAAUGAAUUCAGUGCUAAAUCAGCUUUCCAAGCGAACGGUUGUGCAACGGAAAGUGGAAAUACUAGAAAUCAAGCGGUAAUCAUGGCAACAGAUAAUUUAACAGCUGUUCUCCACGGCAUCGAGGACCUGCGAUUGGAGCAACGCCCAGUUCCGGAAAUCGCCGACGAUGAGGUUCUCCUGGCCAUGGACAGCGUGGGCAUCUGCGGAUCCGACGUGCACUACCUGGCCCACGGACGCAUCGGGGACUUUGUGCUGACCAAGCCGAUGAUCAUUGGCCACGAGGCAGCCGGCGUGGUGGCCAAGCUGGGCAAGAAUGUGACCACCCUCCAGGUGGGCGACCGCGUGGCCAUUGAGCCGGGAGUGCCCUGCCGCUACUGCGAUCACUGCAAACAGGGCCGCUACAACUUGUGCGCCGACAUGGUCUUUUGUGCCACGCCUCCGUACGAUGGUAACCUGACCAGGUACUACAAGCACGCCGCCGACUUCUGCUUCAAGCUGCCGGAUCACGUCAGCAUGGAGGAGGGUGCCCUCCUGGAGCCCCUGUCCGUGGGAGUUCACGCCUGUCGUCGGGCUGGCGUCGGUCUGGGCUCCAAGGUGCUCAUCCUGGGCGCUGGUCCCAUUGGUUUGGUUACGCUGCUGGCUGCCCAAGCCAUGGGUGCCUCUGAGAUCCUCAUCACCGAUCUGGUGCAGCAGCGCUUGGAUGUGGCCAAGGAGCUGGGCGCCACGCACACGCUGCUCCUGCAGCGGGACCAGUCCGCCGAGGAGACCGUCAAGGUGGUUCACCAGACGAUGAGCGAGGCUCCAGACAAGUCCAUCGAUUGCUGCGGAGCCGAGAGCAGCGCCCGCCUGGCCAUCUUCGCCACUCGCUCCGGCGGAGUGGUAGUGGUUGUGGGCAUGGGCGCACCCGAGAUCAAGCUGCCCCUGAUCAACGCUCUGGCACGUGAGAUCGACAUCCGUGGCGUCUUCCGCUACUGCAAUGACUAUUCCGCCGCUUUGGCUCUGGUGGCUUCGGGCAAGGUGAACGUGAAGCGGCUUGUGACGCACCACUACGACAUCACGGAGACGGCCGAGGCGUUCGAGACCUCCCGCCGCGGCACCGGAGGCGCUAUCAAGGUCAUGAUCCACGUCCAGCCGCGGGAUGCGAACAACAAAGUCAAGUUCUGAAUACACACUCUUAUCUCUAAACCGAA